AUGGCGCCCUCAGACACAGCAGAGCCGGUCUCCGAUGACUCCCACGAGUCCUCUAGUGUCUCCGAUGUGGAACAGCCCGAAGUUGAAACCCGAGCCCCCAAACGAAGACGUUCAUCUGCAUCCUCUGUCGCCUCAGACGAUUCGUACGUCGCUCCGGCGCCGCUCCCCACCCUCUCCCGUAUCAAAAAGAAGGGAACCCAGGAUGAAAAGACGGAUCAGUCGAAGCCAGCCGAGGAGGAACCAGUGUUGAUCCGCGAUGCGCUGGAGAUUGGUCUACAGAACGCCGAGUCGUCAUUUACGGCGCUCAAUGUGGCACCAUGGUUGGUUGGAUCUCUGACGACCAUGGCGAUUCGGAAACCGACUGCGAUUCAAAAAGCGUGUAUACCUGAGAUUUUGAAGGGAAGAGACUGUAUCGGAGGAAGUCGAACGGGUUCAGGAAAGACGGUUGCUUUUGCGGUUCCCAUGUUGCAAAAAUGGGCACAAGAUCCGUUUGGAAUUUUUGGUCUGGUGUUGACGCCGACGAGAGAACUUGCGUUGCAGAUUUUUGAACAGAUCAAAGCGAUUUCAGCACCGCAGAGUAUGAAACCGAUUCUCAUCACCGGCGGAACCGACAUGCGGCCGCAGGCCAUCGCGCUGUCCCAGAGACCUCAUGUCGUGAUCGCAACACCCGGCCGUCUGGCAGAUCACAUCAGAACAUCCGGUGAAGAUACAGUCUUCGGGCUCAGCCGAGUUCGCAUGGUCGUUCUCGAUGAAGCAGACCGACUCCUCACCAGCGGACCGGGCAGCAUGCUCCCCGAUGUCGAAACCUGCCUCUCGGCCCUGCCCCCCUCGAGCGAGCGCCAAACCUGCCUCUUCACGGCAACCGUCACACCAGAAGUGCGCGCGCUCAAAGACAUGCCCACCUCCGGCAACAAACCACCCAUCUUCGCCACCGAAAUCGGCACCGAAAACAAAGGCACCAUCCCCCCAACCCUCCGCCAAACCUACCUCAAAGUCCCCAUGACUCACCGCGAGGCCUUCCUGCACGUCCUCCUCUCCACCGAAGAAAACGCCUCCAAACCAGCCAUCAUCUUCACCAACCACACCAAAACCGCCGAUCUGCUGGAACGCACCCUCCGCCGUCUCGCCCACCGCGUGACCUCCCUGCACAGUCUCCUCCCCCAGUCCGAGCGAACGUCCAACCUCGCCCGCUUCCGCGCCAACGCUGCCCGUCUCCUCGUCGCCACAGACGUCGCCUCGCGUGGUCUCGAUAUCCCCUCGGUCGCCUUGGUCGUCAACUUUGACGUCCCCCGGAACCCAGACGACUAUGUUCACCGUGUUGGUCGAACAGCGCGUGCGGGACGCCACGGUGAGGCCGUCACGCUGGUCGGACAGCGUGAUGUACAGCUGGUGCUGGGCAUUGAGGAGCGCGUGGAGCGCCAGAUGGAGGAAUGGUCCGAAGAAGGCGUCAGUAUUGAAAGUCGGGUUGUGCGUGGUGGUGUGCUCAAGGAAGUUGGAGAGGCGAAACGAGAGGCCGCAGGAGAGAUUGAAGAGGGUAGAGAUGUACUGGGCCGAAAGCGAAACAAGCUGAAGAAGGUUAGGUGA